AUCAGAGGAAAUCCUCGCAGCUGGAGUUCGACUACCUGCAGUCUGAGUCCGGAUAAAAACCUGACUGCCAGAGUAAAUCAACUGGAUCUUUCAGCCGCACCUGCUGAUCCCGGAGCUCCGUCUCCUCGCGCCGCACUCCGGCUCUCCGCUUCCACAGGAGCCUCAAACAACUCGCACCUCUCCGGCAAAACAAGGCUGUGUUUGUUGAGACUCCCGCCGAGCCAAUCCGCGCGCCGUUGCCCCUGGCAACCGUGUCCAUCAUUUCUCGACGCCCAAUGAGCGACGGGGGCGGCGCGGAGUCCAGGUGCGCCUCGGCGUCCACUUGGCAGAGCGCCUGUGAGCCGCCUAUGGGCAGGAGCGGAUCUGUCAAAUGCGAGGUUCCUUUAAUAAGAGCGACCAGUCCGGCUCCGGGAGUCAUGGCGACCGCAGCGUCUAACCACUACAGCAUCCUCACCUCCAGCGCAUCCAUCGUGCACUCGGAGCCCGGCGGCAUGCAGCAAGCCACGGCGUACCGGGACGCGCAGAGCUUGUUGCAGAGCGACUACCCGCUGCAGAGCAACAGCCACACGCUCAGCCACGCGCACCAGUGGAUCACGGCGUUGUCCCACGGAGAGGGGACCCCGUGGUCCUCGAGCCCCAUCGGCGCGGAGCAGGACAUCAAGCCCGCAGUGCAGGGCGCCAGGGAGGAGAUGCACAAUUCCAGCAGCAGCCUGCAGCACCAGUCGCGGCCGCCGCACCUGGUGCACCAGGCGCACGGGAACCACCACGACGCGCGGGCGUGGAGGACCACCACCGCGGCGCACAUACCGAGCAUGGCGACGACGAACGGCCAAAGCCUUAUUUACUCCCAGCCGGGCUUCGGCGUCAACGGGCUGAUCCCGGGGAGCGGCCAGGGGAUGCACCACCACAACCUGCGGGACAGCCACGAGGACCACCACAGCCCGCACCUCAGCGAGCACGGCCACCCCGCGUCCCAGCACCAGCACCAGCACCGGCCGCAGAGUCACCACGACCACUCGGACGAGGACACGCCGACGUCGGACGACCUGGAGCAGUUCGCCAAGCAGUUCAAGCAGCGGAGGAUCAAGCUGGGCUUCACGCAGGCGGACGUGGGACUCGCCCUGGGGACCCUGUACGGAAAUGUGUUUUCCCAAACGACCAUAUGCAGGUUUGAGGCCCUGCAGCUCAGCUUCAAAAACAUGUGCAAACUGAAGCCGCUGUUGAACAAGUGGCUGGAGGAGGCGGACUCCACCUCGGGCAGCCCGACCAGCCUGGACAAGAUCGCGGCGCAGGGCAGGAAACGGAAAAAACGGACCUCGAUCGAGGUGAGCGUAAAGGGAGCUUUGGAGAGCCAUUUUUUGAAGUGCCCUAAGCCGGCCGCGUCGGAAAUAAUCACCCUGGCGGACAGUCUUCACCUGGAGAAAGAAGUGGUGAGAGUUUGGUUUUGUAACAGGAGACAGAAGGAGAAGCGCAUGACCCCUCCCGGAGGAGCGCUGCCGGGCAGCGAGGAUGUGUACGGGGACACGCCGCCGCACCACGGGGUCCAGACCCCGGUCCAAUGAACUCUACCGGACCGCUCCUCCAGGACUUGUUCAUCGGUUGUUGUUUUUUUUUUAAUUAUUAUUAUUAUUAUUAUUAUUAAUUAUUAUUUAUCCCCGAGGUUAUAUAUAAAUCACUGGACUAUCAGA